ACGCCCACUCCAUAUUUGGUUAAUGACGUUGUGACUACAUUGAAAAGGGUUCCCUUAUGUACGAGAUAGUGCCUGGGCCCGCAGCUUGCUCGAGAAAAAGAUUACGAGUGUGUUCGAACUAUGGAGCGCUCCUCUGCUCUCUUCUCAUCAUGAAGACAUGCAGCGAUAACGCACGCGUGGUGGAGCAACUGUAAACAAUCGGGUGUGAAUUCAAAAACUUGUUCGCACGAGUUGUAUUUGUGCCAGGAUGACGGCAAAAACUCUGGAGAAGGUGCCGAUGACCCUCGGGGGGUUUGAGAACGUUUAUUCCGUGGAUGACAUCGCCGGCGGCUUGCCCACGUCCGUAGCAAUUUUUCCCAACUCUGACUUGGGACCCCAUUAUGACCAGAUCAAUGUGGCUGCAGAUCCAUUAAUGAGCGCAGAGAUGAACGCAGAAAGGCGUUCUCUAGACCUCUGCUCUUACUCCGGCGGCUUCUCACAACCUCCCUCACACCGCAACCAGACCUUCACAUAUAUGGGGAAGUUCUCCAUCGACUCCCAGUAUCCCGCAAACUGGAACCCCGAAGGAGUCAUCAACAUCGUCUCGGGCAUCUUCAACGUCGCCCAUCCUCCUCCUCCUCCUCCCCCUCCUCCAUCCACGUCAUCGUCCUCUUCUCCGGCUUCGCCAGUUUCUCCCGGUCACUUUUCGAGUCGAAAUUUGAGCUGCACCAUGGCCGCGGCCCAUCAGAACCAAGUCGAGAUAGAGCAUCAUCAGCUUUAUUCCCCUCCGCCGCCGUAUUCCUCCGCCGCCUGCGCAGAGGUGUACCAGGAUCCGUCGGCGUUUCUCUCGACGUCCACCUGCCACAUCGCCUCUUACCCGCCACCCUCGUACUCGUCCCCCAAGCAGCACGGCGGCCAAGACGUGCCGGGACUCUUCCCCAUGAUCCCCGACUACCACCCUGGCUUCUUCCAGCCGGCUUGUCAGCGAGACAUGCACGCUACGAGCAUCCCCGAUCGAAAACCCUUCGGCCCGUGUUCCCUCGAUACAUUCCGCGUCCCGCCGCCUUUGACCCCCCUGAACACGAUUCGAAAUUACACGCUGGGUGGUCCGAGCGCCGAGGGGGGAGGCCCGGCGAGGCUCCCCUCCGCGUACAGCCCCCAGAAUCUCCCACUCAGGCCCAUCCUGCGACCCAGAAAGUAUCCAAACAGACCCAGCAAGACGCCCAUCCACGAGCGGCCCUACCCAUGUCCGGCGGAGGGCUGCGACCGGCGUUUCUCCCGCUCCGACGAGCUCACCAGACAUAUUCGCAUCCACACCGGACAUAAGCCCUUCCAAUGCAGGAUUUGCAUGCGCAACUUCAGCCGCAGCGACCAUCUCACCACUCACAUCCGCACGCACACCGGGGAGAAGCCGUUCGCCUGCGACUUCUGCGGCCGCAAGUUCGCCAGGAGCGACGAGCGGAAGAGGCAUACCAAAAUCCACCUGAGGCAAAAGGAGAGAAAGUCCAAUUCGUCCUCAUCCGUCGCCUCCGGUUUGGAGCGCACUGGCGGCAUCGGCGCAAACAACGGGAUUUGUGCCUAGGUGGGACACGUCUGCAUGCUCAGCGCCGUACUAACCCAACAAAUGAACUUUUGGAUUUGAAUUUUUUUAUGAGCUAAUGGACUUAAAUUGUUGCGUAAUUGCACCCGACUACGCUUCGAGGUGACAGCUCUGCCAUAAUUGCACUUUGUCUGCACUGAAUAUAUAGUCAUCGUAAAAAAGGGCGGCUGGUUUAUGUGUAUUAAAAAAAGGAAAAAUCUCAUGAGAAAUAACCGCAAUAAAAUUUUUAGUAGCGUCAUUUAAAAGGUGUUAAUUCUAACACGCAUUUCUCCGUCGUGCCUUGUUGUAUGUUCUGAUUUGAGAGACUCUAAUGCAAUGUAUAUUUGUUCUUAUGUAAAGUUGAGACAUGCAUUCUAUUUUUGUACUCAGUCUCGUGUAAAUGUUAAAUAUUCACUUGUAAAAAAUAAUGUCGUGUAAAAAAACUUACAUGUUUGUUGUGGGAUUGAUUAAAUGGAUGGAAAAAAACACACACAUUUGUUUUAUUGUUCUUAUAACACGUAACAAAGGGAAGUGGUACAAUAUAUGGAAAGUGUAUUGUGUGUAUGAAAGGAAAAGUUUAUUAUAAUGAGGCUGGAAAUAAAAUGCGGUAGGAUGAA